AUGUUACUGGCUCGACUUCAUCUGGCUUCUGGUGAAAAACCCUACUCUCCUGCAGAUCUUCACAAGAAGCUAAGCCAAGUGAGAGAUUGGGCACUGGCGAGCUAUCCCAUGGGGAAAGGUUAUUUCACCUUCAGUUUCGCUUCUGAUGCAGCUGUGUCAAUGGUUUGGGCUCAAGGUGCUGUUUCAUUGAAACCUGGAGUUUUGCGUUUCAUGCGAUGGACUCCCAAUUUCUCUCCUGCCAAUCAAAGAAAUACCAAUGCACAGGUGUGGGUGAGAUUGUGGGAUUUAGGGUUACAAUUUUGGGAGCCGGUAACCUUAUUUGAGAUUGCUAAUGGGAUUGGAGUUCCUGUGAAGAUCGAUCAGAACACUUUGGAGAGAAAGUUUGGACUCUUUGCUAGGGUUUUGGUGGAUGUGGACUUAACUUCUAGUCCUCCUUGUGAACUGGCUAUUCGUAGAAGCAACGGGGAGGUUGCGGUGGUGGAGCUUGAAUAUGAACGUCUCCCGGAUUUCUGUACUCACUGUGGUAACGUGGGCCACAGAGUUACUGCCUGCAAGCUUGUUCAGAAGCCUGAUAGUGCAGCUCGUAUAAGAGAAUGA